AUGAUUUCCCUAUGGAGUAGUGUAGACACUGCUAUUGGUGUUGUGGGAGGAAUAACCGAAGCUGUUCAAGGCCUUGCUGAUCAGCUUAACGGAGUUCUGUCUGGUAUCACCGAUGCUGCUGGAAACACCCUUCAGGCUGUUACUGAUUCUGCUGGAAAUCUCGUGGUCCAAAUCACCGAUCUUGCUGGAAACACUGUGGAAGUGGUUCUUGAUGUUGUAGAUGGUGUGGUUACUGGUGUUGCUGAUGUUGUGGGAACCGUAACUGAGAGUAUCCAAGCGACUCUUGAUCAAUUGACCUCCACUAUCAGCGGAGUUGCUGAUACUGUCACCGAUGCCGCUGGUACCGCUACCGAUGUUGCCACCGAUGCCGCUGGUACCGCUACCGAUGUUGCCACCGAUGCCGCUGGCACCGCUACCGAUGUUGCCACCGAUGCCGCUGGCACCGCUACCGAUGUUGCCACCGAUGCUGCUAAUACCGCCACCGAUGUUGCCACUGAAACCGCCACCACUGUUACCGAGGCUGCUCCCUAA